AUGUAUCGACCUCUUUUGGGAAAAUUGGCCAUAUUAGCUGAUGCUAACGUGUUUACAGUCGACUACCGUUUGGCACCUGACCAUCCUUUUCCUACAGCUUUGGAGGAUGCUCUUGCUGCUUAUAUGUACUUGUUAGAUCCUCCAAAAGAUGCUCUUUUUGAUCCUAUUCCUUCUUCUCAAAUUGUUAUAUCUGGUGAUUCAGCUGGAGGAGGAUUGACAAUGUCAUUGUUGAUUUGUAUUCGUGAUAGUGGACUACCUAUGCCUGCUGGUGCUAUUCCUAUCUCACCUUGGUUAGAUUUAACGCAUUCUUUACCUUCUUGUCGUACCAAUCAAAUGACGGAUUACUUGCCAAAUGUAUUCAACUCUUUAAAAAAAGCAAGUCCAUUGAAAGACACUGAUGAAGAAAAACAAGAUGAUAUGCUUUUCUAUGGCGUACUGGAUGAAACUCUUGAACAAAUCCAUCUUUAUACCCAUAAUCGAUGUCUCAAACAUCCUUUGGUCAGUCCUUUGUUCGAUCGAUACCGAUGGCAUGGACUUCCUCCUCUUUUGAUUCAAACAGGUGAUGCGGAACAACUACGUGAUGAAUCCAUCUGUGCGAGUUUCAAAGCUACGGAUCAAUUCAGUGAUGGACCUCCUUCUCUGGAUUCAACUACCCAUCUCAAACGAUUACCCCUUACUCAAGUGACUCUGGAUCUUUAUGAUGAUCAACCUCAUGUUUUUCAAUUAUUGAUGCCAUCCAAAUCUGUCGAACGUUCUAUCCAUACAAUGGCUGCAUUUUUAUCUGACAUUGAAUCCAACAAACAACAACAACAAGAACCUUUAACUAUUCGUUCUGUGGCUCAUGAUGGACAAGUACAAGAUGUUACAAAAGAUAUGAUCAAGAUUCAUGCUGGAGACACUUGGCAAGAUUGGGAAGAUCGAUUGGACAAUACAAGUUUGAAAUCAAGAUUCCAGCAAGCAAGAUUAUGA